AUGGUAGGAAUGCUCACAGAUGAAGAAACUGAGGAUCAGCAACCUUGGACUCUCUUCUUUGAUGGGUCGGCCACAAGUAAUGGAGGUGGAGGUGGAGCUGGAGUUGUGCUAACAGACCCUGCAGGCAACACCAAAGCUUUGUCAUUCAAGCUGAAUUUCCCAUGCACCAAUAAUACAGCUGAAUAUGAAGCUUUCAUUAUCGGCAUGUCCACCGCAGUGGAAAUGGGUGUUAAGAAUAUCAAUAUCAUUGGAGAUUCAAACCUGGUCAUUAACCAAAUGAGGGGUGAUUUCGCAGUAAAAGAGGCAGCCUUAGCACCAUACAGGACCAUAGCCGAAGAAUUAAUGGGAACAUUUGAUCAAGCAACUCUGAAACAUAUACCUGGAUCCACCAAUAGGCAUGGGAUUCCCUACAAGAUUAUCACAGACAAUGGAACCCCUUUCGUGAACCAAGAAGUUAGCAAAAUGCUCAAAGGAUAUGGGAUCAAACAUCGCAAGUCUAGUCCUUAUUACCCUCAAGGAAACGGACAGGCAGAGGCUACAAACAAAACAUUGCUAAGAAUCUUGAGCAAGAUGGUGUUCGAGUAUGAGCAGGGAUGGAGUACUCAUCUUCCAGAUGCCUUAUGGGCCUACCGAACCUCACCUAGAACCGCAACAGGUUUCUCCCCUUACUCCUUGGUGUAUGGAUCAGAGGCAAUCUCUCCUGUAGAACUGGCAGUCCCAACAGCUAGAGUAUUGACGGUAAAUGACACGGAAUGGGAUGCGAAAUCCUGCUCUGAUUGGCGGCUCAUAGACUUGGAAGCAGCAGAUGAACAAAGGCAGCAAGCUGAAGAAAAGAUGGCAGCAUAUCACAAGAGGGUUACUCAAGCCUACAACAGGACAGUCAAAAAAAGAAAUUUUAAGGAAGGUGACCUUGUGCUCAGAAUGGUUGACUGGGUGAGAAAGCAGGUUUCAGGCCCUUCAAAGUUUGCACCACAGUGGGAAGGGCCAUUCAUCAUCAAAGAAUCUCACAGCAGUGGCUAUUAUGUGCUUGCCUCCAUUAUCGACGGAAUUCCCACAAGUCCCAUAAAUGGAAAAUGGUUAAAACUCUACUGUUGCUAG